AUGUCGAGGACAAGAUCCAAUAAUGCAAGCUCCACUAAUGAAAACACAGAGGCCCUCAGUGAGUUUGUCAGGACCUUGGGGGCCAUGAUACAGAUGAUGAAGGAGGCUAUGCCAACCCCGUCUACCCCCGCCCAUGACCAGAAUGAUAUUAACUUGAUAGAAAAGUUUAGGAGGUUGGCUCCUCCGACCUUUUUGGGGCUUGGGGGAGUAGAGAAAGUUGAGAUGGAGAAGAUAUUUGAUGUUUUGAACUGUAUUGAUGAGCAAAAAGUGAGGCUAGGCACUUUUGUACUUGAAGGAGACACUAAGCACUGGUGGGGCUUAGUGAAGCAGUCUUGGGAGGAGUCAAGGAUAGAAGCAAGUUGGGGAAAAUUUCAUGACACCUUCAAUGAAAAGUACUUUCCUGAUUCUGUGGAGAUGUCGAGGACUCAUACCAACCACGCGAGUUCAAGUGAUGAGAACACCGAGGGCUUAGGUGAACUCAUGAAAGCUUUGGGGGUCGUGACGCAAGCAAUCAGAGACAUUGUACCGGCCUCGUCUACCCCCGCCUCUGAUGAAAGGAAAGAGGUGGAAUUCAUAGAGCAGCAACAGGGGAAUAUGUCUGUUGAGCAAUAUGCAGCGAAGUUUGCUGAACUCUCCAAAUAUGCACUGGAUAUUAUCAGUUCUAAGGUACAAAAGGCUAGCAAAUUUGAGAGGGGUCUUCAGCCCGAUAUAAGGAGAAGGAUUAUCGCAGCAAACCUCAAGACCUUUGCUCUGCUGGUGGACCUGGCUCUAAAGAUGGAGAGAGAUGAUGAUGAAUUUCGAGUGAGCAGAGAUGGAAGGUUGGGUGUCCAGUCUAGGGGCUUUAAGAAGAAGGAACGACCCCCUCCAAGGAGAGAGUGGAAGGGGAGAAACAAUCAAGGUCACUUGAAUGUUAAGCCUGUACAGCUUGUUUGGACUCUGGUAGUAUGUGCACCUAUGGGAGAAUCAAUAGAAACUGAUGUAAUGUAUAAACUAUGUGGAAUUGUGAUUGAAGGGCAUUUACUGCUUAUAGAUUUGAUAAUGUUAGGUAUUCAAGACUUUGAUAAUAUUUUGGGUAUGGAUUGGUUUUCUACCCACCAUGCUACGAUGAACUAUUUUGAUAAGAUUAUAACUUUUGGACGCCCGGGUCAACCUAAACUAUAUUUUAAGGGCAUUAAGAAUGUUGCUCCUUUGCAUAUCAUCUCAGCCCUUCGGGCCUCUCGCUUGUUGGCCAAAAGGUGUAUUGGAUACUUGGCUUAUGUCGUAGAAAAUCAGGGUGUUCAGUCUAAGCUAGAAGAGAUACCGAUGGUGAGAGAAUAUCCAGAGGUCUUCCUUGAAGAGUUAACUUCUCUGCCCCCAGUUAUGAAGAUUGAAUUUGAACUAGAGGUGGCCCCUGAUACUACUCCUAUUUCUACAGCCCCAUUUAAGAUGGCCCCAGUUGAGUUAAAAGAGUUGAAGGAGAAAUUAUAG